UUAUAUGUAUAUGUAUACGUGGUUUGCCUGUCACCAGUUAUUAAAGUGCUUCUACAAAAGUGAUUAUCCACACCUGGGCAGCAAUUAUUCAGCACUACACAUACACAUUAGAUUAUCAUCUCCAAAAAGCUUUACACACACUUUCUUCAAUUUCCUUUCUCUUACCAUUAAACAUUUUCUUUCCCUCUAACUAAGCAUCCAUAAUAUUUAUUAACUAGUCCAACUUUUCGAGUUCAAUCAUGGAAAACCCGCUUAUAAGUCCGUCGAUCGCUACAAAACCGCCAACCUUUCGAUAGAUCAGCCGAAUCGAACUUAGAUCAACGACAACACGAGAAAAGAAGGUUAUAAAUAAAUACAUACAUGAAGUCCUUAAGUGGAGUCGGGCUUGGUUUAAGCCUUGUUUUCGGUUGUCUUUUAGUGGCUCUUUUAGGCGAGCUCUACUAUUUGCUAUGGUGGAAGAAGAAGAGUAUUGCUAAGAGACGGAGAAGAAGAAACAACAGUAAUAUUAACGGCAACGGCGACGAAGAAGGAUGUUGGAAAAACCCUAGUAGUACUAUUUGUUCUCUGAGAUGCACUGCUCAAGAUUUGUGCUCUUCUUCGUCUUCGGUCCACGAGCCGCAAUCUUCAAUGGAGUUGUGGCUCAAGCCCUUUAGAGACGGAGAGAAUUUGCCGAGAUUCCUGUUCACGAUAACCGAAGAAACGAGAGAGGAUUUGGAGUCGUCUGAAGAUGGUGGGAAUAUUGUGAGUAGGAGCAAUUUGAAUGAUUUACUUCAAAUUUUGGAGACUCCGUACUUAACGCCUAUCGGUUCGCCGCAUUAUUUCACACCACCGAUAACUCCGUCGUCUUUUUCGAAUACUACUUACGAUAAUCGGUUAAUAAAUAGCCCGUUUUCGGAAUCGGAAAGGGAUGCAGCAUUCAAUAGGCUUAUGUCGUCUCCACCUCCAAAGUUUAAGUUCUUGAGGGAUGCCGAGGAAAAGCUUAUUGUUAAUCAAAGAAGAAAAAAUAUGGAAGAAACGGGGAAUCGUGAACGGAAAAUUAACGAUGAUAGUUCGGAUUCAGUGGUGUGUAAAGAAGAGGAAAAUGGGCCGUUCAUCACAAUCAUUGUUGCUAAGAGCCAAGAAGAUGAGAAAGAAGAACAACUCAAUAAUGUUAGAUAAGUUUUUUUCUUCACCUGCCAGCUUUUCUUUUUUGUUUCCUACUUUUUUGUUUAUACAAUGAAAAGCUUUUUUUUUUUUCUUUUUUUUUUUUAGUUUGAGAAUAUAGUCCAUGGUGUUAGUUCAUUUUUGCAGUAAUGAAAUGAUGACUUGAUUCAUUUUCUGAUUUUA